AAACAGAAAGAGAAAGAGAAAGAGAAAGAGAAAGAGAAAGAAAGAUGGCCACAGACUUCAAGUCCUUACCAGUUAUCGACAUAUCUCCUCUACUGCUCAAGUGUGAUGAUCCCGACAUGGCAGAGGAUCCUGGGGUCAUUGAGGUUGUCAAGCAGCUGGACAGAGCUUGUCGGGACGCAGGAUUCUUCUACGUGAUAGGUCAUGGAAUCUCGGAGGAUCUUAUCAAGAAAGUCAGAGAGAUCACGCGUGAGUUUUUCAAGCUUCCUUACGAAGAGAAACUUAAGAUCAAGAUGACUCCUGCUGCUGGAUACAGAGGAUAUCAGAGGAUUGGAGAAAAUGUAACCAAGGGAAAACCAGAUAUUCACGAAGCCAUUGAUUGUUACAGAGAGUUUAAGCAGGGGAAGUAUGGUGAUAUAGGCAAAGCCAUGGAAGGACCAAACCAGUGGCCAGAAAAUCCUCAAGAGUUCAAAGAGUUGAUGGAGGAGUAUAUUAAGCUCUGUACAGAUCUUUCAAGAAACAUCUUGAGGGGAAUUGCAUUAGGUCUUGGAGGAUCACCUUAUGAGUUUGAAGGAAAGAUUGCUGGAGAGCCUUUUUGGGUGAUGCGUCUUAUUGGCUAUCCUGGUGCUCCCUUCACAAAUGGCAAGCUCGAAAACGACGUCGGAUGUGGAGCUCACACUGACUAUGGCUUGUUAACUCUUGUAAAUCAAGAUGAUGACAAAACUGCUCUCCAGGUGAGAAACUUGGGAGGUGAUUGGAUAUCAGCCAUUCCCAUCCCUGGAUCAUUUGUUUGCAACAUCGGCGACAUGUUAAAGAUACUUUCAAAUGGAGUAUAUGAAUCCACACUUCAUAGAGUGAUUAAUAACUCUCCUCUAUACCGUGUCUGCGUUGCAUUCUUCUAUGAGACUAAUUUCGACGCAGUGGUGGAGCCAUUGGAUAUAUGUAAAGAUAAGUACCCUGCAGGGAGAGGAGAAUCCCAAGUUUUCGACAGAGCUGUCUAUGGAGAGCAUCUGGUGAGCAAAGUCCAAACCAACUUUGCAAUGUAA